AUGUACCUACUACAGGAUAUACUAAGAAGUCUAAAAUUAGAAUUAAAACCUAAGAUAUAUACUGAUCUUCAAAAUAAUAGUAACUCUGUGGAGAAUCAUGAAAAUGGGCUUUUGGAAAUUUUAUUCAAUUUUAAUUUAUCAGAUACAAUUAAAGUUGGAAGUUUACCUACUAAUAUAAUAUCAUGGCAUGACACUUUUUUAGAAGGAGUACACCUGGUCCAAAUAAUUGAAGCAGUUGACAUUAGUUGUAGAAGCAAAGAUCGUUUUCAUUAUUUACUAAAAAGUCCAGUAACCACAAAUACUUCGGAAAGUGACGAUGAUUCACAAGAAGAAACCAAAAAUUAUAUAAAUAAAAAUAACAGAAUGCUUAAGCUACUAUUAAGUGAUGGAAUAACUAAAUGUGUAGCCAUAGAAUAUAGACAGAUUCCUGAAUUAUCUAAUUUUAUAAAAGAAUAUUCAGAAUGUAAAUAUAAAAAAAAAAAUUCAUCUUUAGAUAAAAAACCAGUAUUGGCACUUUUAUAUGGAAGACCAAUAGUUAGAAGAGGUAUUUUAUUACUCGUACCAGAUACAAUACAAUUGAUAUCACUAAAUCUCAGAGACAAAAAACCAAGUAUAACAAAAGUUGAAACUCAGAAAAAACAAUCUAAAAUCGCUUCUAAAGAACCUUCUCUAGAUAUUAGAUCUUAUACAAAAUUCCCAAUAAUUAAGAGAAAUGAAAUAAAUAAUAGUGAACAUUGUAAUGAAGAGAAUAUUACGCUAAAAGAAGACUUUGAAAAUAUCCAAAGUCUAAAUAUAUGUAUAUCUUCACCAUCAUCUAUAUCUUCUGUAGUUGAAUUGACUGAAGAUAAUUUUUUAGAGGUAAGUCAGGAUAAGAAGAAUUCUGAUAGAAUAAGUAAAAUAACUACUAUAGUAAAACCUUGUGAUUCAAAUAAUUCUCCAAAUAAUUCUCCAUUACGUCUUUGGAUAGAUGCUGCUGUAUUACAGGCUACAUUAUUAGAAGAUAUGGAUGAAGUACAAAUGGAAAUUGGAAUUCAUGAUCCUUUCCCUUUACCAUAUCCUUGGUGCUUAAUAUAUCCCUUUAAGGUAAAUGUAAAGAAGCAUGUAAUUGAACAGAUUCUAUUUACUGAAAAUGAAAGAUUAGAUAUUCAAACUGAAGAUUUAUUAACACAUGUGAAAUUUAUACAAGGAUAUAUGUGCUUGCAGUAUAACAUAGAUAAUUGUAAUAAAAAUAAUGUGGGUUUACUAGAAACUUGCCUUAUAAGAUUAGUUGGUUUUAGUCCAUAUUCUGGGAAAUCACCACUUAUUAAACAGAUAUUAAGCCUUGCAACAAUGAAUUUAGAUAGAUCAAAUUGA